AUGGCCGACGAACAUAAUGUCCCAUUUCCACCUUUGCCAUCGAUGGUCAUCGAGAAAGAUGACGAUUCUGCUAAUGAUGUUAAAGCUUCUAAACAAGAACAUGAAACGAAGUUAGCUACUGUGAAAAUGUUGUUAGAAUCCAUUGAUCAAACGGUAACAGUAGCGUUCCCAUUACACGCACCAGUUAAUGAAUUAAUUACACAUUUUGCCAAAGAAUUGCGCAUGUCAGUGAAUGUUCUCCAAAUUAUUUUUAAAGAUAAAGUUCUUGAGAAUCAAUUAACUCUUUCUCAAAUCGAUGUCGAACCCAACACAACAGUCAGCAUGGAAUUACAUUCGAAAGAUCCGAUCAAUCAACCACUGAGACGUUAUAGACCACGUCAAGACAUAUCCAUGCCUGAUGUUAUCACCGUGCGAAUCGAUGAAAAUCCAAAUAUGACUCGUGAUGUCGUUGUGGAAAUCGAGCGUAAUAAUAUUCGUAAACCAUAUUUGGGUGGCACACAUCAUCGAAUAACUGGAAAAGAAUAUCAUCAUGCAAGUGCUCAAACUAUUCCACCACAGAGACCAGACAAAGGCACAGUUCGUUAUUGUCGAGAUACUCAAACGAUUGAAUCUCGACAUCGAGUUAUUCAAACUACGAACGAACAAUCGACACAAAUGAGCAAACCGGGAUACUACAUUUCGACGGAAAACGAUCGUUUAUUAACACCAAAACCUUACCAAACGGCAGAAGAACGAUUUGAAAUUUUAACAAAGAAGGCGACUAUUAUCCAAAAAUACUUUCGUCGUUGGUUGGCCAAACGUGAUGUGAACACACUGCGAGAAGCAUUUCAAAAACGAGUUCAAUAUGAACUGGAACAAAAGCAAAAGCAAGCAGAAGAACGUCAACGACGAUAUCAAAAUGAUCUCGAACGGCGUUUACACCCGCGAACAAAAGAUGAUUUCGAUGUACUGUACGCUGCACUCGAAAAAUGGCGUGAAGAAGAAAUCGCGAAAAUUAACGCAACAAAGCAAGGAGCUGCUCGAAAAGCGGCAUUAGCAUUGCUUGUUGAUGAAGAGACAGAGCUAUUAGCGACGAUUGAUCGGUAUAAAAGUGAAGCAUCUAGACAUAAUAAGGAAGCGAAUAUUCAACGAUUUCUCGAACGUGUUGCCCAGCCGAAAAAAUGGAAAUAUAAAGAUGGAACCACUACUGAAAUGGAUACGCCUUACUCGAUUCGUGCACGUGAAUUAAUGCAGAUUUACAAUACGGUCACAAUGAAAUUCUUAACUCUUGAUGAACGAUUAGAUAUCCUACUUACGUUGAAACAUACUGUCAAAGAACAUGACAGUCGUCUUACUCAAGAGAUUAUUCAAUUGAUCGAUCGUGAAGCUGAUCUUCUCAUGCGUGGAACAAAAGAAGAGAACCUAAGCGGCCUUCGUGAACGAAUCUCAACGUUAUUUCUUCAAUAUAUUAAAACACCAACAUUCAAUCCAGGUGUUGUUCGACAUCUCAAAGUACCACAAGAUCCAGUUACCGCUGCACAAUACAAGACAUUCUAUUGUCGUAGUUGCCAAAAAUACUAUCCUUCAACAGAAUUUUCAGUUAGCAGUACAAAUGCUAAGAUUGGCAAAUGUCGACAAUGUCUUCGCCUGGAAAACAUUGCCAACAAACGCUCUGAUCAAACGAAAAUCAAAUAUCUUCUUAAAAAGAUCGAAAAAGACGAAUGUGGUUAUAAUGACGGAGCUCAUUGUAUAUUUUUACUAACGGUCAAUGAUAUGGAAUACAUGUUCAAAAAUAUCUGGGAUAGUCAUUCGGUUUUGAGUGAAGAAUCGGAUAUUUAUACGUUAACAUUCGUUCGAUGGAAUCGACAUGAAGAAUUCACACCUUGGAAUUGUAUUCUACUGACAGUUGAAGAAGCAAAUGCGCAUAUGAAACUCGAUGAUCCUGAAACGAGUUAUAGCGAACCAUUUUGUAAAAAGAUUCGUUACAAACACGCGAUUUCUCGCAAUCAUUUCACGAAACUUGUUGAACAUAUGAAAAAGCAACAGCAACAAAUUCAUGAAUCCAAAGAUAUGACAAUAACAGCGGUUAAAGUUGGCCGACAACGUGGGACACCAACAGCGAUGGCCAAUGCAUGA